AUGACCGAAAAAGACUUCGAACAAGACUCAUUCUCGUCAGAAGAUCAUCAUGAUCCCAUGAUUUUGGGCAAGAAAAUCAAAAAAGAUGAUUUCGAGCACUUGAUGGGAUUCUAUGAGGCGGACCACAAGUUGAACACGGAAGAACGUCAUAUCAUGUUGAAAGACCUCACAAGUUCCGGUGUAACUACUAUGAUAUGGGCUUUGAUUGACAGCUCAAUUGUUGUCACUACGCCCUUCAUCUAUAGGCGCUACCAGGAAAAAAAACUUGGGGGGCCCCUUCCGGUCCUGCCACGUUCGACGGCGUUUCUCAAACUGAUAUUCUUUCUGGUAGCAGGAAUAAGUGUCUACUUCUGGUCAUCUAAAUAUCACGCCAAGAACGAUCAACAGUACAGAGUUGCUAACCUCGAGGCCGAUUGCUCUAGUGGAAAAUUCAGUGAACAGGAAAUCGAGUCGAAACAAAGGUUGCUCAAUGUAUGGAAAUCAUUGGACCCACGCAACUUGUCCUUGUUCACUGUGUACUACUACAAAUCAGCUUCGGACCCUUCCCUUGUAAUGAAAAGUCCAAAAGACAUGGUAUCCUUUGAUCCUCACGCAGUGACGUACUUGCCACCUCCACAAAAAAACGGACAAUUGCAAGGCGUUCUUGGUGCGGUAAAAGAGCACGAGAAACAGGCGCCUCAUUGGCAGAAAAUCCGUGAAGUCAAUGGCUUUGUUUCCCCAACGGACGACGGCUCUGAUUCAUCAGCUAGCAUAGACGAUAGCCAAGUAUUGGAUGAUGCAAGGGCCGCCGAAGACCCAGCAUUCGAACAGUGGAAAGAACCUGCUGCAAAAACCAGUGCUUGGGACAGGUUAAGAAAGGGCAAUUGA